CGGGUAUUUCGUCGAUGAUCCUAAUAUACAAUGUCUUCACUACUUGUUUCCUCAAGGUGGCUCUAAUGGUAUAACGUAUUUCUCGGAUAGAAAUUUAAAACCCGGUGUAUUACAGAAAGCUUUAAAGGACAAUAAUAAUUCGCCCACGCUUUUUUUAUACCAACAAAACCUGAAACCUAAAAGUCGAGGACGAGUGUUUCUAAAAAGCAAAAACCCUUUGCAAUAUCCUGACAUAGUGCACGGAUAUUUGACCAAUCAGGACGAUGUUAAAGUUAUGAUCGAGGGUCUUCGUAGAUUGAGAAAAAUAUCUGAAACGAAAACGUUCAAAGAACGUGGUACUUUUACUCCUUUGACCACGCCAGAGUGUUCAUCUUACACUCUGUAUUCCGAUAAGUAUUACGAGUGUAUACUACGAUAUUUCACUUUAACCUCGGAUCACUUUGCUGGCACUUGUAAAAUGGGCCCUGAAGGAGAUCCCGGUGCAGUGGUGAGUGCUACUUUGAAGGUGUAUGGAGUGGAUGGUCUUCGAGUGGUGGACGCUUCCAUUAUGCCUCAAAUCACCAGCGGUAAUACCAACAUACCGACGAUAAUGAUUGCAGAGAAGGCUGCGGAUAUAAUUAAACGAGAACAUGGUUAUAUUAAAUAA